CUUUGUCGCCAUUGCAGAUUUUGGUGAUGUGUAUCGGCGUGUGUUAGGACGAAUUAUACAUAUAAAAUUUAAGUAAAGAAGUUGUGGGUUGAUACCCAACGACGUAGUAAUUUUUACAUUUGAGAAAAUCCUAUAAUGGGCAGAUCUGACCGAAGAAGGGGGGACCGGGACCGGGACCGGCGCCGGGAUCGCAGUCGCAGCCGCAGCAGGGACAGGUUCCGGGACCGCGGGGGCGGGGGCGGGGGCGGGAGGAACGGGGGCCGGCGCAGCCAGCCGGGCAGCGGCCUGCGCAAGCCCCACUGGGACCUGAGUCGCCUGCAGCCCUUCCGGAAGGACUUCUACGUGCCCCACCCCGACAUAGCCAGCAGGCCAGCGCACGAAGUGGAGGAGUACAGGACCAGCAAGGAGAUCACUCUGAAGGGUCGCAACAUUCCCAACCCCAUUCGAACGUUUGAAGAGGCCGGCUUCCCCGAUUACGUUAUCAAAGAAAUAAAGAGACAAGGUUUCAAAGAACCGACGGCCAUCCAGGCACAAGGCUGGCCAAUAGCACUGAGUGGUCGGGACAUGGUGGGAAUCGCCCAGACUGGUUCAGGGAAGACGUUGGCGUACACACUCCCUGCUAUAGUCCACAUCAACAACCAGUCGAGAUUAGCGAGAGGCGAUGGUCCGAUUGCCCUCAUCUUGGCUCCCACGAGAGAGCUGGCCCAGCAGAUCCAGCAGGUGGCUAACGAGUUUGGGCAGUCCUCUCAGAUCAAGAACACCUGUGUGUUUGGCGGUGCUCCGAAGGGGGGUCAGGCCCGGGACCUGGAGCGCGGCGUGGAGAUAGUGAUCGCCACGCCCGGCCGCCUGAUAGACUUCCUGGAGAGCGGCAAGACCAACCUGAAGAGGUGCACCUACCUGGUGCUGGACGAGGCAGACCGCAUGCUGGACAUGGGCUUCGAGCCGCAGAUACGCAAGAUUGUGGAGCAGAUCAGGCCGGACCGGCAGACGCUCAUGUGGUCCGCCACGUGGCCCAAGGAGGUGCGAAACCUGGCCGAGGAGUUCCUGAAGGAGUACUCUCAGAUAAACGUGGGCUCUCUGCAGCUGUCGGCCAACCACAACAUACUGCAGAUCAUAGACGUCUGCCAAGAGUACGAGAAGGAACAGAAGUUAAGUACAUUACUGAAGGAGAUCAUGGCUGAGAAGGAAAACAAAAGCAUAGUCUUCAUAGAAACCAAGCGACGAGUGGAUGAAAUUACCAGGAAGAUGAGGCGAGAUGGGUGGCCGGCGUCCUGCAUCCACGGAGACAAGUCGCAGCCGGAGAGGGACUGGGUCUUGCAAGAUUUCCGCUCUGGGAAGUCACCGAUCCUGGUGGCCACUGACGUCGCAGCCAGGGGUUUAGAUGUCGAAGAUGUCAAGUUUGUCAUUAAUUUUGACUACCCGUCCAGCUCGGAAGAUUAUGUUCAUCGGAUUGGCAGAACGGGCCGUUCCCAGAAGACUGGUACUGCGUACACAUUUUUCACUUCGAGCAACGCUAGACAGGCGGCCGACUUGGUGGCCGUUUUGCGAGAAGCCAAUCAAGUUAUCAACCCCAAAUUGUACGAAAUGGCUGAAAUGGCAAAAGGAAUGGGUGGAAGAGGGCGCAACCGCUGGCGCGGGCGCGACAGGGGCGGGAGGGGGGGCCUCGACCGCUCUCGCAGCCGCACCAGGAGCCCCAGCCCGCCCCGGCGGCCCCGCUCGCGCACCCGCAGCAAGAGCAAGGAGCGCCACCGCGAGCGCAGCCGCGAGCGCAACAACCGCAGCCGGAGCCGCGAGCGCAACAACCGCAGCCGGAGCCGCGAGCGCAACAACCGCAGCAGGAGCCGCGAGCGCAACAACCGCAGCAGGAGCCGUGAGCGCAACAACCGCAGCAGGAGUCGAGACCGCAACAACCGCAGCCGCAGUCGUGACCGAAACAACCGCAGCAGGAGCCGCGACCGAAACAACCGCAGCAGGAGCCGCGACCGCAACAACCGCAGCAGGAGUCGAGACCGCAACAGUAGGGAUCGCAGCAGGAGUCCGCGUGAGCGUCGAAAUGACAACACAGCAGGGAAUCUUGAAGAAACGGUAAACCACUACAUGAAUCAUUUUGAACGUACCAUGGCUGCCAUUUCGGGCCCAACCUCCAAGGCUGGUGACAAAAAUAAAUACAGUAAAUGAGUUCCACUAACUAUAUGAAAGACGGCUACGUGGUCGGGGACAGCUACUGGAGCGCCACGGCCGGGGAGCAGUGAAGCCCUUCUAGCUGUAGUGUCAGUGUCCGUGUCCUAGUGAUCUCUCGACGCUCGUCGUUCAAUGUGUUUUCAUCCGUGUCGUGUGAUAAUUGUCAUACAAAAUUUAUGCACCUGAGCAAUUACUGUAAAUAUUAAUGUUAAGAAUUUUAUAUGUAAAUGUUUUUGUAGUUCUGGCGUUCUUCUGAGACAAGUGGGCUCUUCAAAUUGUGAAUUGUUCAUGCAUACCAAGUAUUAAUAAAGGAAAAAAAUAUUUUGAAGAAAA